CACACGCGCACUGGCACACCUCCUUGAAGUGCAUAGCCUGCUAUACGCAUUUGUAAAUUACAGUGUGCGGAGAUAGCGGCGAGUAAAGCCGACGUAUUUGAUGUGGACGACGACGCACAGAGCAGCUUACUGGUGAAAGAGACAUGAUUGACCGAUAAGAAGGAUUACAGCUGAUGUUUUUAUACCCUAAUAUGGUCAAUCUCAAUAAACUAAAAGCUACAUAGCAUUGGUUGCACCCAUGAUAAAAAUGGGUAGACAUGCAUGGGGACUGUGGACAAGAACGGGACGCUCCUGUGCUCUCUGGUUGGGUGGGCGUGGUUGGAGUGCAGCGGGUGAAGAUGGUGAAGCCGGACAUGCACACGCUGGCCCACCACCUGAAGCAGGAGCGGCUCUACGUGGCGUCGGAGAAGCAGCUGAUCCAGCGGCUCAGCGGCGAAGUGCUGAAGACCGCUGAUAGGCUGCACCAAGCCGCGUGGAUCGCCAAGCAACAGCGCAUCAACCUGGACCGCCUCAUCCUCACCAGCGCGGAGGCCUCCCCGGCCGAGUGCUGCCAGCACGCCCGGUCCCUGGAGGACGCGCAGUUCGUGGACGGCUACAAGGCGCUGGGCUUCCGGGAGAGCGCGUACGGCGAGUUCCUGGGCCGGCUGCGGGACAGCCCGCGGCUGCUGGCCUCCUGCCUGGCGGCGGGGCAGCGGCUCAACCAGGAGAGGGCGCUCAGCGUGCUGCACUGCGUCUUCGCCUCGCUCUACGGCAACUGCGUCAUGCCCGAGGACGAGGCCUACCUGCUGCAGGUCCUGCGCUACCUGAUCGAUCUGGAGCUGAAGCCCAGCGAGGACCCACGCCGCCUGCUCUGCCGGAGCACGUGCGCCUUCAGCGUGCUGUUCCGCCUCUUCUCCGAGGGCCUGUACGGCGCCAAGCUCUUCCUGACGGCCGCCCUGCACGAGCCCGUCAUGCAGCUGCUGGAGAGCGACGAGGACCCGCUGGAGACGGACGCGGCCAAGCUGCCGGCGGGGGCCGGCGGCUCGGAGGAGCGGCGGCGGCGGGCGCGGGAGGCGGCCGAGGCCAACGCCGCCAAGCUGGCGGGGCUGCUGGAGCGCUUCGCCGGCUCGCUGGCCCGCAGCGCCUGCUGCUUCCCGCCGGGCCUGCGCUGGGUGCUGGCGCAGCUGCGCGGGGCGCUGGCGGAGGGGGCGGGGCCGGGGGAGGGGGAGGGGGCGGGGCCGGGGGCGGAGGCGCGGGCCACGUGCGCGCACCUGCUGCUGGCCUGCUUCGUCUGCCCCGCCGUGGUCGACCCCGAGCAGUACGGCAUCGUCUCCGACGCGCCCGUCAACGAGGCGGCCCGCUUCAACCUCAUGCAGGUGGCACAGUUGCUGCAGCAGUUUGGUAUGGCAGAUCAAGAUGAAGCCCCCUCUGUCCAGAGGAGCAGCCUGUCCAAGUUUGAUAAAAGCAGUUUAGCUGCCUUCCUGGAUGCUGUGAUUGGCGGGAGAGUGGCGGAGAGCCCGCCCGUUUCCUCAAGUAGCCUAUUGGAGGGCCUGAGCAGGACUGCCGUCUAUGUGACCCAGUGUCAACUGUUUACACUGGUGGACUUUGUGCAGAGCGUGAUGGAGGGGGAUCAGCUCUCGGAGGACGAGCGGCAGGCCCUGGAGAGCCUGCUGAGCAGCAUCCCCCAGGCCCAUCCUGCGACGAGCAGCAGCUGCCUGGAGCUCACCCCCGCCAACGCCCCCCAGCUGUCCCCAGGCACCACCCCCGCCAACAAGAAGAACCGCCUGCCCAUAGGACAGCAGUUGGCCGCCAUCACGUCCUGGGAGCCCUCUGCAGCAGCCCUCUCCACUCACAUUCCUUUGGUCACUGGAUUCACCUCCCGCAGUCGUAGCCGUAGCAGCCUCGCCCAGGAGGGAGAGCAGGAGGCCAGCUCCCAGGAUUCCCUGCAGGAAGUGAUGCCAGAGGAAGUGCUGGUGAUCUCACUGGGCUCUUCCCCACAGAAUGUCCCGGGGAUGAUGUCAGAGAAUGAGGUGCUGUCCCUGCAGAUGGCUCACGAGGGGCAGGGGGAGGGACCGGCGGACGACGGCAAACUCCAGGGGAAACCGGACAAGACCCUGCGCUUCUCGCUCUGCAGCGACAACCUGGAGGGCAUUUCAGAGGGGCCGUCCAACCGCUCCAACUCGGUGUCCUCCCUGGACCUGGAGGGGGAGUCCGUGUCGGAGCUGGGGGCGGGGCCGGCGGGGGACGGCGUGGAGGCGCUGCAGCUCCUCGAGCACGAGCAAGCGACCACCCAGGACAACCUGGACGACAAGCUGCGCAAGUUUGAGAUCCGGGACAUGAUGGGCCUGACGGACGACCGGGACAUCUCCGAGACGGUGAGCGAGACCUGGAGCACCGACGUCCUGGGCAGCGACUUCGACCCCAACGCCGACGAGGACCGGCUGCAGGAGAUUGCAGGGGCUGCGGUGGAGAACAUGCUGGGGAGUCUGCUGUGUCUCCCAGGCUCUGGCUCCCUGCUGCUGGAUCCCUGCACAGGAUCCACCAUCUCAGAGACCACCAGCGAGGCCUGGAGCGUGGAGGUCCUGCCCAGCGACUCGGAGGCGGCCGACCUGAAGCAGGAGGAGCGGCUGCAGGAGCUGGAGAGCUGCUCCGGGGUGGGCAGCACCUCCGACGACACGGAGGUCAGGGAGGUCAGCUCCAGACCCAGCACGCCCGGACUCAGCGCUGUGUCAGGCGUCAGCAUGACAUCAGAGGACAUCCCCAAUAAGACGGAGGACCUGAGGUCAGAGUGCAGCUCGGAUUUUGGGGGCAAGGACUCUGCGACCAGUCCUGAGGGGGAGGAGCCAGCCCACGGAGCCCACCACUUGGCCUCUCCGCCCUCACAUGCUGACAUGCUGGUCAUGUUUGACCCUCUGGCCUCUGCAGAAGGUUUCCCCACGGGAACGGUGGUGAGACCCAAGGCGCACCACGUCCGGCCGCCCCACCCGCCCCCGGACCCGCCCAUCCCGGAGGCGUACGCUGUGGGACAGGAGCCCCGCCUCUCCCUCUUCAUGCUCGGCUCCCUGGGGGAGGCGGAGCCCGGCAAGCAGAGGUACUCCUGCCCCGACAGGCUGGUGCGCAGCCGGAGCAGCGACAUCACCUGCCCCGCCCGCCGGCCAACCAGCGACCCCGGGGUCCUCCGCAGGGGCGUGGCCGACGACAGAGACCACGCCUCCGCAUUUGGCCUUGGCCCCACCUCCUCCCCCAGUAGGGACUACCUGAGAGAGGGGGAGGAGAGGAAGGACAGCGAUGAUGAGAAGGCCGACCGUAGCAGGCCCUGGUGGAAGAAGCGCUUCGUGAACGCCAUCCCCAAAGUGCUUUACUGGACCGUGGAUAGCGAGGGAUCAGGUGCGGGCUUCCGGAGAAAGGACAAGCACGAGAGAGAGGAGGCGGGAUUGGAGCGCGCUCAUCAAGAGGACGCUGGGUCCAGACUGAGCACCCAGGUACAGGCGGCGGAGGACAUCCUGGACAAGUACCGGAACAUCAAACGCAGCAGCCCCAGCGAAGGGGCCCCCGGGGCCGCUGGCGACGAGGGCCCAGACACCUGUGGGGAAGGUGAGAGCAGCAUGCAGGAGUCUCUCAGAGAAGACGCUCUACAGAACCUCUCCACAGAGGACAUGCCCGACUCUGCCAGCCAGACUGCCCCGCCUCAGGACCACAGAUACACAUUCAGUGAUGCUAAGAAGAAGCUGAGAUUGGCUCUGUGUUCUGCGGACUCUGUGGUCCUGCCCCUCCUUCCCCACGCCUCCACCCGCAAUGGCCUGCCUGACCACGCCGAGCCUGAGGAGAAUGAGAUUGUGUGCUUCCUGAAGGUGCAGUUGGCAGAGGCCAUUAACCUGCAGGAUAAGAACAGCAUAGCGCAGAUCCAGGAGACCACGCGCUGCAUCAGCCGCCUGGACUCGCGCACCUGCAGGAAGCUGCUGACCGCCAUCGCCGACGACUACAGGAAGAGGGCGCCCUACAUCGCCUACCUGACGCGGUGUCGGCAGGGCCUGCAGACGUCGCAGGCGCACCUGGAGCGCAUGCUGCAGAGGGUGCUGCGGGACAAGGACGUGGCCAACCGCUGCUUCACCGCCGUCUGCGUGCGGCUCUUCCUCCAGGGCAUGGAGGCCAAGAUGCAGGGGUUCAUCAGAGCGUUCCAGAGGUGCACGGCGUCCGACGACAAGACGGCGGCGGUGGAGGACUUCCUGCGCUACCUGUACGGCGCCAUGGCGAACGACGCCACCUGGCAGUACGCCAGCGAGGAGCAGCUGCAGGACGCGCAGGCGGCCAUCGAGCGCAGCGUCAUGAACCGCAUCUUCAGGCUGGCCUUCUACCCCAACCAGGACGGGGACGUCCUCCGGGACCAGCUGCUACAGGAACACAUACAGCGGCUCUCUAAGGUGGUAACAGCCAAUCACAAGGCACUACAAAUCCCAGAGGUGUACCUGAAGGAGGCGCCGUGGCCGUCCGCGCAGGCGGAGAUCCGGUCCGUCAACGCCUACAAGACGCCGCGGGACAAGGUGCAGUGCAUCCUGCGCAUGUGCUCCACCAUCAUGAACCUGCUGAGCCUGGCCAAUGAGGACUCGGUGCCCGGCGCCGACGACUUCGUGCCCGCGCUCGUCUUCGUGCUCAUAAAGGCUAACCCGCCCUGCCUGCUGUCCACGGUGCAGUACAUUAAUAACUUCUACGCCAGCCGCCUCAGCGGGGAGGAAUGCUAUUGGUGGAUGCAGUUCACCGCCGCCGUGGAGUUCAUCAAGACCAUCGACGACCGCGACCGCAAGUGAAGCCCCGCGCCCAGCCCAGACUGGGGCGGAGCGAGAGGAGGGGCUUACCAGCAAUCCCCCGCAGGAUCCACCAAUCAGGGCGGGACUCAGACUCACCGUAGUUUGUAUAUCUGUACAUAGAGCGUUGAGGGGAUUCAGUCCAAGGACCCUGGGCCCAGUGUUUAGUACCUAGCCUUUUUAACAUCAGUAUAUUCACUGUUUGUUUUUUUAUUUUUUACAUUCGAGUGAAACUAAGAAAAAAUAUAUGUGUUAAGCCUUGAAUAACACGGCCUUAAAGUUCGGUUUUAGAGCUGUGGUCCGAUCCAGUCCCUGGCUGGAUAUAAUCGACCCCACGCCUCGGCACUUUUGCGGGCGUUGAAACAUUUUAAAAAGAGGGUCAAUAAAUUAAACUAAAGAAAUAAACAGGUUUCACUUUCAAAAAGUGACAAAUGGAGAAAAGAGAGAGAGAGAAACGAACCUGUGAAUCAGAAGUCACUUUACCCUUUUUUCUUCUCUUUCUCUCGGGUCUGUUGGAGAUUUUCUGUGUGGUAACAAACCCAACCUGAUGAUGUGUGUAUAUGUCACAUGACUCAGGAAAAAAAAGGCACCACAUAUCUUCCAGGUGAUUGAGGGUUCUUGUUCUUUUCUGCAGGGAGGGAUUUAAACCGCGUUCGCUGUGGGUUUUUUUAUUUGUUGUUUUUUUUGGGUCUUUGUGUUCUGAGAUCGGCCCCUGAAGCACGGGGGAGUCGGCCAGGGUCGUGCAGUCAGCUGGGUCUGUUGCGCCGGUGUUGGCUGUUCUGCCAACGGAACUUUCUGGAAAGGCCCCCAGUCCUCCCAGCCCAGUGCCCGCAGGUUACUGCCAUUUAGACUGCAGAGAGAACAAUCACCUGCGUUUAUGUGGCAGUACUGGAGUUUCAGUACAGUCAGUUCAGGAAAUGAAUUGAAUAAGUGUAAUGAAUUGUUCAAAUGUUCAUUACAUUUUUUUUGAAAAUUGACUGAAUUGAAAUUGAACUGACCUGCCAACCCUGGCUGGUAUCAGGUAUUCCUGCCAGCCGACGUCUCCGGUUCUCUCUACGGAAGGUCUUAUAUUUUCUGGGUCUGCUUCUCUCUGGGGUCAGUUUUAAGAGCAUACGCAACAGUACGUCCAUCUGAAGAACAGUUUUCAUACGGUUUAACUGGGCAGCCUUUUCCCAGAGUAGAAAACCAGGUUGCACCGUCACUGAUGGUUUGACUUGUUCCUUCCUCCACGCACAUACAUUGUACGGACCCUUUUCUUUAUAGGAAGUAUUUAUUGUUUGUUCGUUUGUUUUUUUGUCACACUUUGUUGAUGCUUGGCUUUGUGGAAAGUUAUUUUGUAUAUGUUAUUACCAAUUUUGGGAGUUAAAAUGAGCAGGAGCUGAAGGGGCGAAGUUAAUGAGUUCACUUUUUUUUCAUUUUUUUUUCAAAAAGGGUGGACAAUUAAAUGAACGGGAAAGUAGCAAUCUUGCAAACAAAGUGAACGAAAAUGAAUGUAAUGAUCUCCGAGCAUUUAGAACAGGAUGUGAUGUAGAGAGACAGGAAGUCAUUUCCGAAGGUUCCAGAAGCAGUGCUCCUUGAGGACUGGGGCAGUGAUGGGGAGAGUGGGGCUCAACUGUACCAAACCGGUCCCCGCGUCAGGAUUUGAGGGUGGAGUCGUUUGAUUGGUUCAUGUGAGACAGUAGGUCACAGAUGGGGCCUGGUAGGUCCGCCCAUUUUGAAGUUGGUAAACCUGUCGCCCAUCACUAGAGGGGAGCUGUGAGCAGGAGCAGCCUAACUGGACAGCACCUGAAGGCGGGCAAUUCUCAGUCACGUGAGAGGGCUUUGAAUGGCCGGACAGAUUUGCCCUUUUAAAAAAAAAAAAAAAAAAAAAAUUGUUCUCAGUAGUCCCAUAUGGCGAAGCACAACAUGCAAAUUCCCCUGUACUUAUUUCAUUUCUGUGCCAUGGUUUGCAUUCAGAUUUUCAUUUAUCCCUCUCAGUUAAUUGGCUGUAUGUUGGAAAGCUCAGCCAAUCAGUGGCCCUGUGUUCAGUGUUCACAGGCGGUGGAUGCAGGGUUUAAAACUGAUUUCAUCGAGGGUGUUGACGCUAAUGUGAGUUACAGUUCCUUUGAGAAGUGUAAAAACCUUUCAUUAGUAAAGCUUUCUUAGAUUGAAUAUGUAAAGCUACUGACAAAAUUUAAAAUGUGAAACUUAUUGAAGUUUUGUGGGGCGUGUAAUCAAACUAUGAAAUGAACUGACACUCAGGCAUUUUAUACUCAGAGGCCGAACGACCGUUUUUAAAUAAAGCUUUCCCUUUAUGGAUUGUUAGUGUAUAUAUCUGGGCAGGAAAGGUGAUUAUCAGAUUCACCCUACCUACCAGUGGGCUACCAAUGGGAUUGCUGUGUCCUGAUAGCCCCGGCUACAGUAGGUGUAUUUUGGCCACUGGGCGGCUUACGAUGGAGACAGGGUCUGUGUGCAUGUGCUGAUCACCAUCUCCCUUCUAUUUCUUCCCCCUUUAUCCUCUGCUCCUGCUUUAUAGGGUCGUUCCUCUUUUUGAAGGCGUUUCUUUGUUUUGUGCCGUUCUUCUGUCUUCUUAUCGGUCUGUUUCACAAACGGGGUUUCCCCACCGGAUCGCGGCGCCAGUUUGUAGCGUCUGUGGCCUUUUUCUUCAAAUGCAAAUGCGCCUUGUAUAAAGGGUCAGUGUGGUCGGAAUUCCGGAAUAAGGUUGUUCUCUUAGCUAGCUCUCCAGAUCGAGCGGCAGUGCAAAGACUUACCUCACAGAAAUCCUCUACAUUCCUCUAGGCUGUUUUAAAAAGAUGCAUUUGGCUCCCUCGAGCAUAUUGUAUGCAGAUUGUACAGUUCACCUAAGGUGUACAGUUUAGAUUAGACCUCUGAUAUUAAGCGAUUUUUUUUCUACGAAAUGCAUUCUCAUAUUGAAUUCUUUAUUUUUUCAAACUCACCUGUGCAAUUUGUCAGGAUGUAAGAGGUAGCUAGAUGAGGUAGUAUAGUUCUGGAAUGUUCUUGUAAUGCUUUUUUUCCCACUGACAUAAAUGGCCUGUGAUUGGAGGGGAUAAAGGCUUCAUGUGCAUUUGUAAACUAUCCUUAAAAUGGAAAGGGGUUCUUAGAAUAUUCCUUAUUAAGUGUAAAUUAUACUCGGGGUGUAUUUUGUACAUAUUCUGUGGGGAGAUUCUGUGAAAGAUAUAUACUCGUUCAGUAAAGAAAUGACUUCCAGACCAGCCUGGGUCCGAUAUGUAUUUUGAAUAUGUUUAAAUGAAAUUCAGUAAUCUGCAGUAAUGUGCUGGUGUCUCAAGGGGCAAAGCAGUUCAGACAGAGCUGUGUUGUAGCCUGAGUCUGCCACACUGGGGUCUGUCUGUGGCUAUUUUUAUAACACUGUUCAUGUAAUAAUAUUUACAGAUCCACUGAAGAAUAAGGUCUAAAACAGGUAACUUCAGCUGAGUUUGCAGCUGGCCAGCGCAGGCUUCCAACGGUCUGGACAACGGGUCGAUAAAUCUUGUCGACUUGCUGUUUCUGAGACAGAGGUUGUGUUCACCACCACGAUGCCACUGCACUCAAGCUGACCUUGUGCCCUGCGUUAUAUUAAAGGCUGAAUCCUCAUAAAUGUUGACCUUAAAUAGGAAAAAAAAAUGUCCAAAAUAGUUUAUUAUUUAUUUAAAAUGCUCAAGAUGUUAUGUGUAGGUUAAGUGGCGAGCUGAACGGUACAUCCACACGCUUCAUUUUGCAGUGUCCCCAAACCAGAGUGAAACCAGUUUGCUUGUGUAUGAACACGUGUGAACACACUCCUCAAAGCUGUGAUUGGGAGAAUGGGUUUUCAUAUACAUCUUUGCUAUCCCUGAGGGUCAGGAGCAAUAGUUUUAAUAUAAAUCAUUUUGAGAAAAUAAAUUUCAGUUCACAAAUUGAAUGAAUGUCAGUCUAUGAGGAAAUAUUAAGGAAAUUAAUUUCAGUUUAUUUCCAAAAUUCACUGAAUUGAAAUGGACAUGUUCACACAUUAUUCUUUGGAGAGAGAAACUGAAAACCUUUCUUUUUCUUUUUAAACUAAUGUCCAUGUUUAAGCUUGCACAAUCUUGCACACAAAAGGGGAGUAAAAUUCUCCAUCUUGUGAUUAAUGCACCAUAUCGUUCUAUGGAUUCAUUAAAACAAAACCUUAC